AUGGCAACAUCUAAAAAGACAAAUGAUCCAAUUGUUCAAGUUUUAUCUAAAUUAAUUGAUGCUCCAUUUACAGAUGAAAAUGAAAAAAUUAAAUACUAUGUUGAGCAAAAAGUUCGCGGUCACUUGCAAACAUUUUUUAUCUUUGCAAGUGGCCGCGAACUUUUUGCUCAACCUAAUAUAUCAUGUUGUAGAGCUUUUCGAGGCGCGUCGAACGGUAUAUAG